AUCAGCGAGGAAGCAGAAGCCUUUAAAAUUUAGUAUCGUAGAUAUACUUUUGAAGUUUGUAUGUACUUGAUUACGAACAAGAAAUAAAAAUAGCAGAAGAAUGGCAAUGAACAAUGACGCAUUAAUUGCAAUUAUCAAUGAUUUUGUGGAUUCGUCUGAUGAUCAGAGUGAUUCUGAGAGCGAUGACGAACUAUCAAUAAAUGCAAAUAAAGUAAUUUGCGGCAAAAGGCCAAGAUUACAACAUUAUUUAAAUAUCAUUGUUUUGUAUGACGAUCAGGAAUUCAAAUCCAACUUUCGAUCAAACUCUGCCGUCUUAUGUGAUACUCUUCUGGGCGCGUCACGAGGUGCGUCGUAUAUUCCGAGGACCCGUGUGUGUCAUGCCUGCUUCAGAGCGGGUCACGCUGCUGCGUCCUGUAGAAGUCCGCCAAGGUAUCAAUUCUGCGGCAACUCUCCGCACGCAGAGGGGACUGUGUGCCCAUUGAGAGACGGCAAGCCAUGCUGCAUCAAUUGUUCGGGUGAGCAUCUCCCCACUGAUUUCUCUUGUCCCGCUCUUAUCGCUCAAAAGAAAAUCCUCACACUCGCUGCGUCGCAAAACAUCUCGCUUAUUGACGCUAAGAAAAGAAUUGCACAAUCCUCCUCCCUCGAAAUUAGCUCUGGCCCACGCUCUGGUUCUCUCACAUCUUUCAGUAAUGACAAUCAUUUCCCACACAACAUGAAAUAUAUCAGAAAUAUUUUUGAAAUAUUUUAUUGCAAGAUUUAGAAUAUUUUAAAAAUAUUUCAU